AUGCAUGCAUCUCAACUGGCCAAUAUUGGCAUUCAUUAUCUAGGCGACCUUCAGCUCGAUGAUCUUUGUCAACUUCACGAGGAGCUGGACAUAUUAUGGAAAAGUGGAAAUUCCCAGGUAGCAAAUAAUUUAUAUGAUAGAGUCGUCGAUAGUAUCGCUCACGAAACGUCACGGCUCAACAAUGAUCCAUAUGAUUAUGCCGUUAAAAAAACAGAUUCUCAACUUGACAAACUGGUACGUUACCUGACUCAGCUCAAUCCUCAGAGAGAACCUCGCGUGUAUGAUACAGUAUGGGAUAUUCUUAAUCAAGAGUUGUCAAUACGCAGCCAAAUGGGUUCUUGUUCGACGGUUACAUUUCCUCCAUAUUGGACUGCAGCAUCAAUAACCGAAUCACCAGUGCAACUUAUUCCUCUCUCACAAUCAUCUCAAGAAUUUCAAGACUUAUCGAAUUUUUUUGCAAAAUCACUUGAAAAACCAUCCACUGUUGUUUAUUCUAUCACAAGAAUUCAAAACGUUCGUCUAUGGCACAUUCAUCAACAGUUACAAAAAGUAAUUCCUCAUGGUAGUCGACGUCUGAUCCAUGGAACAGCCUCACCGCUAACGCAAAAAUUGAUCAUGUAUCAUGGUUUUUGUCGAAGUUAUUGUCCUGGUGGUCUUAUCGGUGAUGGAGUAUAUUUUGCAGUGAAUGCAAGUUAUUCAAAUAGCGAUCCGUAUGUACUGAAGAGAACGGCACAUCGACGAGAACUGUUUAUUUGUCAAGUACUGCUUGGAAACUCGAGUCAAGGCAGUUUUGGACUUAAAUCGCCAGCGCCAGGAUGCCAUUCAGUGUUUUAUAUAAAUGGACCUGAAAAUGAUCAGUUUUGUAUUUUCAAUCACUCUCAAGCGUAUCCGGAAUAUGUAAUUCAGUAUGACCAUCAAUAA